AUGGAGAAAGCUAAAGAAAAAAUAGGAACUUCAAGGAAUGUAGAGAAUAAAAAUAUGAAGCUAAAUUUAGGGCUUCCAUUGAAUGGUGAAUCGCAAGGAUGUGUUGCUUCAAGAGUAGCUGAGGUCGAAAUCCAACAAUCACCUACUCAAGAGGAAAAUAUUGCUAAAGAGAAGUUCGAAAACUUCGUGCUCAACAAUAUGGCUAAUGUCUACACAAAAGGUGAAGGACCGAAAGGAAAGAAGAUUGAAGGACUUUUAUACUCGUGUACGGAGAUAGAUGAAGUAAAGAUAGUUUGUCUUUGUCAUGGCAAUUUUCUAAAUGCAGAUGAAUUUGUCAAACAUGCUGGUGGAGGUGACGUAGUAAACCCUUUAGAACAUAUAUUUAUUGAAGGAAAACAAAUUAAGUAG